AUGAUUUACGAAGCGGGGAGAGUGCAGAGGGGGGAGCGCAGAAGGGGGAGUGCAGAGGGGGGACUGCAGAGGGGGGAGUAUGGGGCACAGGCCCAUUGGAGUGCUAGACCAGCACACAGCAGCUCCCCUCCCUCCCUUCCCCUAACAGCAGCAGUGGCCUUUUGGGAAAUCUCAGUACUGCCCCCACCCCCUUUCCCCCCCCUCCCCACCUCCUGCCGGCCGAGCCGACUAACCUAUGUCCUGUCCGCCCACGUUCCCCCUGCCCACCACCUACCCGCCGUCGCUGCAUCAGCCCAUUGGAGUGCUAGACCAGCACACAGCAGCUCCUCUCCCUUCCCCUCCCUUCCCCUAACAGCAACAGUGGCCUUUUGUGAAAAUAUCAGAGCUGUCUCACCCCCCCCUCCUCCCCGCCUACCUACCCCCUGCCGGCUAACCUACCUCCUGUCCACCCUCGUUUCCCCUGCCCGCCCCCUACCCGCCCCCUACCCGCCCUCACUGCAUCAGCCCAUUCGAGUGACCAUUCGGGUGGUCGACCAGCUCACGGCAGUGGCAGCUGAAAUCGUUUCCUUCUCCAAGGCACGUAACUGUUCCCUUCCCCUCGCCUCCCCUCGCUUCCCCUCACCCACCCUUCCCUCCCCCUCGCUUCCCCUUACACCCCACCCUUCCCUUCCCCUCGCUUCCCCUUACACCCCAUUCUCCCCCCUUUCUCUCCCGUUCGCAUGUGGAUUCGUCUGUUCUGUCUACCCCAUCUACUACCUUCCAGCACAAGAAGCACCCACCCUGUUCCCUUUGCCUCACACUCCCCUUUCCUUUGAUCACAUCACCCCAACCACCUUUACCUUCCCUUUCCAGGAUAGUGCUGUGGUGGUGUCAGGUGCUGGCACCAGUGGCAGAAUAGCCUUUCAGGUGGUUCUCUGUUUCAACGCUGUGCUCAGGAGAUACGGCCUGCCGCCCUGCUUCCACUUCCUCAUCGCAGGAGGGCUACCUGCAUUGCUGAAGGCGCAGGAGGGCGCGGAGGACAAUCAGGAGGCAGCAGUGGCGGCUCUGAGGCGAGUGGAAGCAAGAGGCAACCCGUGGGGGAAGCCGUGCGGGCGAGUGCUCUAUAUCGGCAUCAGCUGUGGCCUCAGCGCUCCCUACGUGGCAGCACAAGUCAAGUACGCCCUGUCACAGUCGCACUAUGCCGUUGCAGUCAUGGGUUUCAAUCCGCCCUCUCUCGCGCCAAACACCAAGGGUGCUCCAGGCGUGACCUUCCCGUCCGUGCUUUCAGAAAUGAGGGCUCGCAUCGAAGCUGCUGAAGCAGAGGGGACUGCCCCAAGGCACUUCAUCCUCUCUCCUGCUGUUGGCCCGGAGACCGUCACAGGGUCCACGCGGCUCAAGGGCGGCACUGCCACCAAGGUCCUUCUGGAGACCAUCUUCAGCCGGGCUUUUGCCAGAGUGCUGCGCCUGCCCGCCCUUGGAAGCUAUGCAGGAGUGCCCCUUCUGCUCAUCAACCCUCCUCCCGAGCUCACUCCUGACGAUACCACGUCGGUUCGGCGGGCGGCACGGGUAGGCUGGGGCCGAACCGAGGCUGCCCCGGCGGCUCGGUACGGCGAUGUGAUGGCGGCUUAUGAGGGGGCGAUGAGGGGGGUUUACCAGCAAUUACCCGGAAUUGUGGCCCUCACCCGUCUCUUCCAUCGCGCCAUCAGCACUGGCGGCCGGGUCAUGUACAUUGGAGACGACUCACUCGGCCUCGUUGGUCUUAUAGACUCAUCAGAGAAGGUCCCCACCUUUGGGGCACGACCAGGCUCGUUCCUUCCUUCCUUCCAAGCCUUUCAGUCUUCUGCCUCCCUCGCUCUCUCAUCUCCUCUCUGCUCAUCAUCCCCUCUCCCACACAGACGCAUCAGAGCAGACCCAUCAGAGCAGGUUCCCACCUUUGGAGCACGGCCAGGCUCCUUCCAAGCCUUUCCCUGUCCUUACUUACUCUUCUACGCCUCGGAGCAGGUCCCCACCUUUGGAGCGCGGCCGGGCUCGUUCCAAGGCUUCCUCACCUCCACGUGGCACCGCCUGAUUCGUCCGUUGAACCAGCACACAGUCGAUCCCCUGGGCUCAUCUGCUGCUAGUGGCAGCAGCAGCAGCAGCAGCAGCAGGAGAAGCAAGGCAGGGGCUAGGGAAGGGACUGCUGUCCCUUGCUUUGCUAAGUGUCGGUGUGGCUUCCCUGCCGCUCGUCCCCGCUCCGCUAUUCUCGCGCUCAUAUUUUGUUCCUUUCCUCUUUCUUACUCCUCCCUUCCUUCCCGUCCUCUUUCCCAACCACCCCUGCUGUUUCCAUAUCUUCCAGUGCCAACGACACUUGCCAACGACACAAUUCUCCUGUUAGAGUCACACGUGCUACAGCCACAGCUGUUCCCUCUACCGCUCCUCACCGCCCUCCACACACGAGCCAAGCAGGGACUGCUGUCCCUCGCUUUGCUUAGUGUCGGUGUGGCUCCUCACGACCGGCUCUUAAUGGUGUAUGAUGAUGAGGAUGGGGUGGAGGAGGGGAAGGAGCGGGAGGAAGAGGAGGAAGGGGAGGAGAGUGAAGUGGAAGGGAGUGAGGAGGAGGGGGAGGAGGAGGGGAGGGAGGAGGAUGAGGAGGGAGAGGAGGAGGGGGGUGAUCAAGGGGAGAGUGGAGCAGGAGGGCAGGGGGAGGAAGGGGAGGAGGGAGUGGGGGAGGGAGGGGAGGAGGGAGGGGAGGAGGACGAAGAGGAGGAAGGGGGAAGUAGCGAUUCUGGGGUGCUGGUAGGGAGGGAGUUACAAGAGGAGCGAUUGGCUGUAGCUAAGGAGAAGGCAGACGGUGCAUCUGACGAGGGGAUUGAGGAGGACAGUGAGGAGGGGAGUGAGUGGGAGUCGGUGGAUGGGGAUGAAACCGAGCAUGUGCUUCACAUGAAACUGGCCCUCAACGUUGCUAGUAGCGGGGCGCAUGUGCUUUUAGGCAAAGUGUACAGUAACCGCAUGGUGGACCUUAGAGUGAGUAACGAGAAGCUCUUUAAGAGAGCGGUGAGAGUGGUGGGGGAGCUGGCAGGGGUUGGGGCAGAGGAGGCGGAGAGGUGUGUGAGGAGGGCGAUAGUUAUUGCUGAAAGAGAAGAAGGGAUGGAGGGGAGGGAGGGGAUGGAGGAGAGGGCGGGGAGGGUGAAGGGGGAGGUAGGGGAUGAUGAGGGGGUUAGCAUGGGAAGGAAGGUUGAGGAGAUGGUGAGGGUUGGGGCGAAGAUGGAAAGAAUAGUACCCACUGCUAUUCUGCUGGCAGCUGGGUGCUUUGGUGAUGCAGAGAGCGCUAGGAAUGCAGCACUCAGCAACAGGAGUGUCCGAAUGCUAGUUGCUGAUGCGUUGAACAGGAAAACCUAG